CAAAAAAUAAAGUAUUCCAUUUUUUCCUGAAAAUUAGGGUAAUCUUUGGAAUUUUUUUUUUUUUUUUUCUAAUUAUCCUGAAGUGUUUCUCGUUUUAAUGUAUUUAUUCCAAAGAAGAGUGCUCGCAAUUUAUAAUUGGGAGAUUUGUAAUAAGACGAUCAAUCAGAGCUGAUUAAAGUCUGAGAGAGACACUCGAGGGUCGUUUCCUUCUGCUCCGAGUUCAAACACGCGUGGAUAACGGAUGUGCCGGUGGAACACGAAAACAACAGGUCUGUUAUAGCUUUGAAUCGAAUAUUUUAUAGCAUUGCUCGAAUUACGAGCAUUACUCACUUGACGACGUCAUACGGCCAACUUGAGUGACAGGGCCGUAGUUGAAUCCUAGAUUCAACUUAUGAGUCCCAUGAUUCUCCAUAAGAGGAAUGGUCCUAUUCAAGAAACUUCCCCCCCUGGAUCCUUCGUUUCUGUUCCUUCGAACGACCAGGCUUGGGGCCAUGAUUAAUAUUUAUUUUUAAAAAAUUGCUAAUCAACUGGAACAACGUAACAUUGACCGAAUUUCUAUGGAACAAGGUAGCUGCCGAAGGUCUAGAAAAAUACUCAAGAUCAUCGAGCAUGAACGAACAAACGUAAUUGGCAAUUCGUCACAAUUGACCAGGCCAACAAAACGUGAUUAUGGGACCAAGACAGGUCAACCAUGGAAUUGAUAUAAUACAAUCUCUUUAAUUUAUCGUUGUAGGUGGCCACUGGUGACGGCCCUGUAUGAAAUAGGCUCCAGCCGUAGAAGAUAAGACAGUCACUCGUGAUUAUUUUAUCAACAAAUUGCCACAUUUAAACGGCACCUCGACUCUGGCCUACCAGAGAUGACGAUUUCAACGGUGCUCACUGUUUACGUAUGCCUCGGGUCUUUUGGACAAUGAAAUUGGGGUCGAAAUAGGUGGUUGUACGGUGGUGGUUUGAGGAAAAAGAAGUUCACAUCCUCAUGAUCAUUGUUUACUCAUGGGGAAUAUCAAUCAGUUGUCUUCCUUUGAUUUUUUUCAUUUAAAGAAGAAAUUAAAAUUUUUCAUUUCCAAGGUUUUCGUGUACGAUAAUGUUAAAAUUAAAUUUAUACUCUAAAAUAAAUAAAAAAUCCAGAUGACUAACUGUUAUGGAACACGGGGAAACCUUAUUACGAAUUCUAAAUUUUCUACUCCUAAUUUCAAAAUAAAUAUUUGGAGUUGGAUCUUUAAUGAAAUAGGCACACUUUUGCUCAAAAGCUUGGAGCAUUCUAUAAUUCCAAUAUGUUGAAUAAAAUGUUUAUUCAAAAUUGAAUCAAAAACCAAGGUAUGUGUAUAAUAAAGAAAUGGACUUUUUUCCCAAGAUUCUCUUCAGUGUUAAUUAUUUAGUUGAUUAACAUGUAACACGAUGUUUAUAAGAUGGCAUAGUUUCAAGGAGAGAAUUGGUACAGCUAAUCCGACCAUCUGAAGUGACGUUACGAAUUCCAAAUGUUUCAAAUGUAGAUUCAAGAUUACGAGAACGUCAACCUGACGAUUCCAAGGCGACGAUGUAUGCCGAAUAAAGGAACAAAACAGUGCAACAAACGAGUUUCUUCUUGACCCACAUCUAUUCGCAAUGAAAUGGUAAAAACAGGUGACAAGAUACAUUCUAAAAUUAAAACUAAAUCCAUUGUUUAGUGUAACUAACAAUAAGUAAGAACGAGGGUGAAUUUUUCUAAACCUUUAUUUUAAACUUGUAAAAUUCUAAGAUAGAAAAAUUAAAAAUGAAAAAAUUCCAUUUGAAAAGGCGAAGAUAUCCCCGUUCAGCGACCACAGAAGUUAACCUUGAUCCGAAAAGAGCUAAGAGCGGAACCGGAAGCGUGGUCAGUACGAACAGACGUCAUCAGAGAAACAAUUUCUGUCGACGACGAUGUUUCGAUGAGGCUAGGUGGAUGUACCCUUGGCUAUCUCCCCGCACGGGAGGAACCAAGAUGCUCCGAGGGAUCGGAUAGAGGGAACACGAAGUAGUGGAGGCAAAACCGAUUCAGGAGGUGGUCGAGAGGAAGAAGGUGGGAAAAGAGGUAGCACGCGUAAUGCACAAUGGUGCAUUAGCCAGAAGUAGACGGUCAGACGGUCUCCAACUGACCGGCUGAAAAUCAACGAAGUUUCCAACCGAGGAACAAGAACGAUCCUGAAGAAUCCAUCACCUAGGACGACAGCUCGCAUGACACGAAUGUCGAAGAACAACAUUAAGGGUCCAUCCUCGGAGAACUUCGUUAACCUGACAUCCAUUAAGACCGUCUCAAUUCUAUCUUCAAGUGUCUACCUUUCAGACGUACCCGAAGAUUUCAAUUGACCUUGUGUCUGUCUGUUCGCCACUGGAUCAUUAUGUUGAAUUCAAAUUAAAGGAGGAUCAAAGUAAAGUCCGUCAGUCGAUAUCUUGAUAGAAACUUACGAAAAAUACUUAAGCAGACUCCAUAGAACCUGGCUACCUCCGCGAAGAUGUCCGACAUCGUUCCAAACGGUACAUCCACGGAUACCAUGGAGAAGAAGCGAGGGGAACCGGUGACCCAGGUGUCCGAUCAAGCGGUCGUUUGGAAAUCUAUGACUCUCCGUCAGAAAUGGACCUACUUCACCAGUAAUAUCACCGUGGAACCCAUGAUCGCCUGUUACGUGAUCCCCUGCAUGUUAGCCUCCCUGGCCACCCAGAACCUCAGCCUGGAGAAGGCUUGCAGGGUGAAUCUAGCCUAUUCCGACGAAGUUUGCACAGCAUUGUCCAUAAGAAAUACAACAGGCUACGAGGCUGAAGAGACCGCUGUCCAACAGCUGGUAGCUGGCAUGCAGACUUGGAAGACAGCUCUGACCAGUGGUCUCCCGACGAUUCUGAUCCUCUUCAUGGGCGCCUGGAGCGAUCGUACCGGUUUAAGGAAACCUUGUAUGUUGUUGCCAAUCGUCGGAGAGUUUCUCAGCAGCGUCAGCAUGCUGCUGUGCACCUAUUUCUUUCACGAGGUCUCGAUGGAGGCGACCGGAGUGUUCGAGGCUCUGUGGCCAGCGUUAACCGGAGGAUGGUUCACCAUGUUCAUGGGUGUUUUCAGUUACAUCGCGGAGAUCACGUCGGUGGAAUCGAGGACGCUUCGUAUCGGUGCUGCUAACGUUUUCUUGUCCCUCGGUGUGCCUAUCGGGAUGGCGUUGUCCGGGAUAUUGUACUUGAAACUUGGCUUCUACGGUGUCUUUGGUAUAUCCACCGUGUGUUACGUGUUGACUUUUAUUUACGGUCUGGUGGUAAUCAAAGAGGCGCCGAAAGUUAGACUGAAACAACCGGAGAAGAUGUCCUUGUGCAAUGCGAUUCUUGAUUUCUUCGCGUUCAAGCAUAUCGAAGAGACGUUUAGGGUGGCGUUCAAGAAAGGGAGGAAUAAUAGGCAGAAGAGGGUGCUGGUGCUGAUGGUUGUCGUUAUGGUUGUGAUCGGUCCUCUCUAUGGUGAAAUGGCAGUGAUGUACCUGUACAUGAGAUACAGGUACCAUUGGAACGAAGUGAUGUUCAGCAUGUUCACGACAUUCGCAAUGGUAACGAAUUUAAUCGGUACUGCUAUAUCAGUCGGUGUGUUUAGUCACAUUUUGAAGAUUGAUGAUGCUAUCGUUGGUAUCAUGAGUUCGAUGAGCAAGAUUUUAGCUGGUUUCGUAUAUGCCUUCGCCACCACUGACUGGAUGAUUUAUUUAGCUGCUAUCGUCGAAAUCGUGAAUGGAACAUCCUUUAUAGCAAUGAGAUCGAUAGCAUCGAAACUAGUAUCAACCGACGAGCUAGGCAAGGUGAACUCGUUGUUUGGUGUCUGUGAGUCCAUGAUGCCUCUCGUUUACGGUCCCAUGUACAGUUCCAUUUACGCUGCCACUAUGAAAACAUUUCCGGGAACGUUCUUCAUCGUCGGCGCCUGUCUGACCAUGCCAGCCGUGUUCGCCUUCUUAUGGUUGUACACGGAACAUAGAAGAGAUCGUCAGCUAUUGGAGCAAGAGAAAAAAGCAAAGAGUAAGGCUGAGGAACAAGAUGACAGUGAUUCGAAGACUGAGAAAUGGCAAAUUAUCGGCGAGAAAAAGACGGAAGUUCGUACGAUGAACGGUGUCGCGAAUGCAGCUUUCGAAUCCGAUCGUUUAUAA